GAACUUGAGUUUGCUGUGAUGGAGAAGGAUUUGUUGAGACCGAUAACGCGUCGUCUCGGCAUCAGGUCGGGUUCAGUGUUUAACAGAGCCGUUGAAUUGCUUCGUCUCGUGGAAUUAAAAUGUUGCCAAAGUGCUGUGAUGUUGUCCAACAAUUGUCGAGCGGUUGUGUGUUUGGAAUUGGCUGCUGGAGAGAAUAACGAGCCUCUUUCUAGAACUGAGGCAAUAAGAAUAUCCGGACAGAAAAAGAAAACAUACGAGUCUGCAUAUCAGACGAUUGAGAAAAUGUUGGGAUUGAGAGCCAGAUUGGGAAUACACGAACUGGCAGUUCAAUGUGGUUGUUCUGAGGUUCGUGAACUAGCCCAAUCUCUCAUGACACAAUAUGAAAAGAACAUUCGAGCAAACCUGUCAGUCAGUAGGCAAAAUGAUUUGGACCUUUCUCAACCGAUAUUUGCUAUAGCUGCUCUACAAGUCGCAGCCAAGAAACAGAAGGUCUGGGUUGACAAGAAGAGGCUCAUGUCUCAUGUUGGUAGGAAGAAAGCAGCACUGACAAAGAUCAUAUCUGAGAUGGAAGAAUGUGUGAAGCAAAUUGAUAACGAAAAGCAGCAGAAACAGUCCAGUCAACUGUUCGACUGUUUAGAAGUCAGUGGUGAUGAAGAGAAUGACGUGCACGCUUCCAAGAAGCAGUGCAUUGAAUCAGAGGAGCUCUUGCUGGAAGAUUAUGAAAUAUGGAAGGCCAGAAUUUUAGCAGCAGCUGAACAGGCUAUUGUCGAAGGGAAAGGAGAAUCAUGCCGACAAAUCAAGCAACUAGGAUUCGACCGUGGCAGCAAAGUGUACUAUGUCAAUCCACUGGGUCAGGGAACGUUUCCUGUGUAUUGUGAUAUGACAACAUUAGGAGGAGGAUGGACUCUAGUGCUGAAUCAGAUUGGAGAUAAAAGUAGAUAUUAUACACUUACUGAUGCUCGUUGCUCCAUCCUUGAUAGUUUGAACAAAGAAGGAAAGCAAUGCAACCUGAAUAGACUCUUCCGCUCUGCUACAGAGAUCCGCUAUACUGAUGACAAACUUACUACCUUCCUACAUGCCAAACUCAAUGGAGCUGAAUAUUGGACUGCCAUUCACAAAACGUCAUCUGUUCCAGUAGCAGUGCAGUACGUCAGUGGAGCUUUAGCUGGGACAAGGUACAUUGAAGUCAGAGAUAGGUUUCACUGGGGACACAGAAACAAUGUUCCUGUCACGGGUGGAAAACGAACUGGGCUCAGCAGCUACCCUGGAUGUAAGCAUGUCUGUUGGGAAGAUGUGUAUGCUAGUCUGAAAGAUCGUCCAUUUGCUGGAGAUCACUGUUCAUCAUCUACAACACCAUCCUUUUGUCCUGCAUUUGCGCCUUCAUACCAGUUCCCUUCAACAGCAACUAGACAGGGAUCUAUGAAAUUUAGAAAGUGGAUACGAUGACUAAAUCCACAAUUCACGGUGGCAUGUUGCUUGUUUAGCUUCAAGUAUGCGUAGUAAGAUUCAACUGCUAUUGCUAUACCACUAACAAUUACCUGUUGCAUGUUGCUUGUUUAGCUUCACUGUUGUUUGUUGCUUGUUUGGCUUCAAGUAUGCGUAGAAAAAUAAAGGUUAUGCAA